AUGUAUGAUUUCAUUGAUGGUAAAUUUGCUGAGCUGGGGAGGUAUAUUGACAGAUUUGAUGAUAAAGGGGGUGGCAGAAAAUUCUGUUUUCGCAAGCUUUACAUCCGCCACAAUACCCCUUCGGCUAGCUUUGAGUGUUCCUUGCUUUUAUACCCCUCCGUUGCACAUCUCUGGUGCUCCAGCUAUGAGGAAUUUGACUCGCAUGAUUCCAGCCAUACAUUUAUCAAGAUCUGA